AUGGCAGACAUAGACGCCAAGCCGCCAUGGGAACACUGUUAUUACGUACGCCCUGGAUAUCUGAUGCCAACUGUAACUAAUAGUGUCGAGAAGAUAAAGAAGUUUGAUGUACGAAGUGAUGACGUCUUCAUUGUAACAUACCCGAGAUCUGGUACGUACUGGCUAACUAGAGCCGUACGAGCAAUAAUGACAUUGAAUAAGUCAACAUUGGAAGUCGAUCACACAAUUAUGGAUGAUCUGUUUAUCACACUAUCUUGGGGACCGUUUCCGGAUUUUCCACAUUUAUUCAAACACACUUCAGCCAUUGACAAAUAUAAUGCGAGGCCGUUAUCAUUACCUAGAGAGGUUGGAACACACCUUUUACCAGAAUUUCUGCCAACUCAGUAUCAUGAAAAGAAACCAAAGACUAUCUAUCUCCAGCGUAAUCCAAAAGACGUGGCUGUUUCGUUUUAUUUCAUGCAUUUCGCAAGUCGAACAUUAGGGAAGCCGACUAGCUGGGAUCAUUUUUUUGAAGAAUUUCUGACAGGAAAUGUUGAGUUUGGUUCCUGGAUGGAGAACGUCAAACAAUGGUCUAAAUACAAAAAUCAACCAGGAUUCUUAUGGCUCAAAUAUGAAGACAUGUUGAAGAAUCCAAUGAGCGUAUACUACAAGAUUGCACAUUUUUUGGAAAUAACAAUGACUGAAAAAGAAAUGGAGGUUGUUAUGCGUUUUUGUGAUUUUAAAUAUAUGCAAGAGUUUUUCAAAAAUGCCCCAGUAGCUCAAGAUUUUAUGGAAAAAGACGGGAAAUAUGUAAGAAAGGGAAAAGUUGGAGAUUGGAAGAAUUAUUUCACUGUUGCCCAGAAUGAGGCAUUUGAUAAAAUGUACCACGAAGAAAUGAAAGGCCAUGAGGAUUUGAAAUAUGAUUUUUGA